AUGAAGUUAUCAUCGAUUAUUGUUGGUUUGACUGCCUCCAGUGCUGUUGCCUCUGCUGCCGCCGCCAAAAGAGAUAACACCGGUACAGUUACAGUUACUGUUACUGGGUCUACUCAAACUCAUAAAGACGGAAGAUUCGACAAGACCAAGCCGGCAUCCACUUCUUCAUCUUCUGGUACUCACAAGUACGGUAGAUUCGAUAAGACCAAGCCAGCUUCGUCUUCUUCUUCUACUGGUACCCACAAGNNNGGUAGAUUCGAUAAGACCAAGCCAGCUUCGUCUUCUUCUUCUACUGGUACCCACAAGGAUGGUAGAUUCGAUAAGACCAAGCCAGCUUCUACCUCAUCUGCUACUGGUACCCACAAGGAUGGUAGAUUUGACAAGACUAAACCUCCAGUGACUACUACUGUGUACGUUCAACCAUCUAGCUCCAACAAACGUCAAUUUGUUGCCAACAAGGCUGCUAACGCCAGUGGUAACUCUUCCAGUAACUCCACCAACGGUUCUUCCGGUGCUUCUUCCACCACCGCCGACUCGGGUGCCGUUCUUAACGGAUUCAACUUGGGUGUUGCUGGUGCCAUUGCCGCCGGUAUGGUUUUGGUUGUUUAA